UCAAACAAUUCCAUAGAAUCCAUCAACUAGCACGGUGGUUUUGAAGAUCAGAUUGCACUGUGAAGGUUGCAAACGGAAAAUCCGGCGGCUCAUUGAGAAGAUCGACGGAGUUCAAAUGGUAACCGUAGACCCAGCUGGCAAGGAUCUCGUAACCGUAAAAGGCACAAUGGACGUGAAGAAGCUCGUGCCGUACCUCAAGGAGAAGCUCAACACAGACGUGGAGGUUGUUCCCGCCAAAAAAGAUGAAGGCGCCGGAGACAAGAAGGAGAAGGACGGCGCCGGCGAAGAGAAGAAGGAAAAAGAAGCUGCCGGCGGAGAGAAGAAGGAAAAAGAAGCUGCAGACGGUGAGAAGAAAGAAGGCGGCGGUGGUGAGGCAAAGAUGGAGAUGAGUAAGAUGGAGUACUAUGGGUACCCGGACCCGCCGCUGCCACUGUUCUGGCACGACGGGAGGGUGUACAGCACGAGCAAUGCGGUUGAGAACUAUCCUGGUCUGAGCCAUGGUUAUGUGCACCAAGGCUAUGGGAAUCAAGGUUACAUGAACCAAGGUUACAUGAACCAAGGAUAUGGGUUGGAUCCGGGCUACCCUCACCACGCGCCUCAGAUGUUCAGUGACGAGAACCCCAAUGCGUGCUCCAUCAUGUGAAAAACACGCAAGAAACAACUGCGAAGAAGACAGAGGGACCAAAAUGUAAAAAAGGAAAACUUCUGAGGGAGAUAAGUAAAUACCAAACUAUGUUGGUAGAAUUUUGAGAUUAUCGUGUAGUUUAGAGGACAGGGUUAGACCGGCCGGCAGGCUAGAGCCGACUUCAUUAGUUCAUUUGUGGAGUGUAUUUCUCAGUUCCUUAUUUGGUUUAAUAAAUAUAUAAAAAAGUUUUAUUAAU